AUGAAUGUAAUCUUUAGCUUUCAAGAAGUUAAAGAACUAAUCACCACUAGGUAUGAACCUCUUGCAGCAAAUGCAACUGCUGAACAACAAACAGCCUUCAGAGAAGUAAAGAAGAAUGACAAUAAAGCAUUGUUAUUGAUCCAUCAAUGUGUGGAUUCAUCGAAUUUUGAGAAGAUUGCUGGAGCAAAGACUGCAAAGGCAGCUUGGGAUAUCCUCAGUAAUGCUCAUGGUGGAGGAGAUAAAGUCAAGAAGGUGAAGCUUCAAUCGCUUCGAAGGCAAUAUGAAUUGCUGGGCAUGAUGGAUAAGGAAUCCAUUGGUGAGUAUUUUACAAGACUGCAGACUUUGGUUAAUUCAAUGAAAAACUAUGGUGAAACAAUUUCAGAUCAGCUAGUAAUUGAGAAAGUUCUCAGAACAUUGAACCCUCAAUAUGAUCACAUAGUGGUGGCAAUUGAAGAAUCCAAAGAUCUCUCCAUAAUAACUGUCAAUGAGUUGCAGAGUACACUUGAAGCACAUAAACAGAGGCUGCAAGAAAGAAAGGAAAGGAAGGAAAACAAAGCCAGUCAAGAACAAGCUUUGUAUGAAAAAAAUGGAGGACAAUGGAACAAGAAUGGUAAGGGAAAGAAUAAAUGCAAGGGUGAAAAGAAUAAAGGAAAGGGUGAGUUCAGUAAUGAUCACAAUGGUGAUCAAGAUCAAUCUGAAUCUUCAAAGAAAGACCGUUUCAUCAAAGGCAAGAAUGGUGGAAAGAAGAGUGACAAGAGCAAGAUUCAAUGCUACAACUGUGAAAAGUGGGGUCACUAUGCUUUUGAGUGCAGAAGCAAGGGAAAAAAGAAGCAAGACAAUAAGGCACAUCAUGCUAGACAACAUGAUUCAGACUCAGAUGGCUUCCUUUUGAUGGUGGCGACAAAUUCAGAAAGUGAUAACUCCAAGCUAUGGUAUCUUGACACUGAAUGCUCAAACCAUAAGAUAGAGCAUAGAUAUUGGUUAUUGGAAUUUGAUGAAAAUUUCAAAAGCAAAGUGAAGUUUGCAGAUGACAACAUUAUAUCAGUAGAAGGCAAAGGCAAAGUGAUGGUUCAGAGGAAGAAUGGUAAUCACACUUUUGUCACUGAUGUGUUGUAUGUACCAACUAUGAAGCAUAACUUGUUAAGUCUUGGACAAUUGCUUGAAAAAGAGUUCAAUUACUCCACAAAAGAUCACUACAUUAAAGUAUUUGAUCCUCAUAACAAGUUGAUUAUAAAAGCUCCAUUGUCAAAGAAUAGAACAUUCAAGUGA